AUUCAUUCAACGAGCCCUGGUUUGGCUUUAGGUGUACACGUUGCUAGGCAACACUGCGACCAACUCCAACAGAAACAAAGGCUUCGUUUUCCGCCACUGACUGGAGGAAGUCACAGCGAUGGCAGCUGAACACAUCACGGGGCUGAAGCGGAAAAUCAGACUGCUCGAGGUGGAGAGAAAAGCGUGCUAUGACAGACAUGAAGCUGCCAUCAUGAAGAACCAGGAGCUGAUCCAUCAGCUGAGGGAGGACAACAGGAGGCUGCACAGGAAGCUGGCGGGAGCUCAUGCUCGUGAUGAGCAGGUGAUCAGAGCGGCCUUUCAAAACAGAGCAAGGGAGAGGGAAUCCUACCGCAACAAGUCUGUGAAGGAGAUCAUUGGAACACUAGACGACUGCGUGCUAUCCAACAGGAAGCGUCUUAAUGCCCUAAAACAUGGCACUGAGAUCUAUGAGAGGCGCCGUGAAGAGCUGAAGAUGGAGUACCGGAGAAUGAAACCAGAGCACAGUGUAGCGCCCCCUGGUGUUCGCACUUUGAAAAAAGAGGAGAAUGCCAUGAACUUGCGGGUCCUGGAGAACAGUCUGGAAAAAAGCCAGUUUAAGUGCAAGGAGGCCGAGAACAUCAUGAUUGACUACCUGAAAUUAAAGAGUCACUUACAGGAUGAGAGUCUGGCGUAUCAGAGCCAGCUCGACACUCUGCAAGCAGAAAUCCUGAAGCACAGAGAGGAGCUUCGCAGUCUGCAGGUCGUGAAUACUGACAGCCAGCUCUCCAAAGAAGCUGCUAAGGCUGAGUUGCAGCAGCAGGAGGAGCUGCUUCACAAGGAGUGUAAGGAGAACCAAGUGAUAGCAAGCUACAGGAAAAAGGUUGAUGAGCACAAGGCCCAGGCUGCAAAAGUUGAGAGAAGGGUACAGCGAGCAGCUGUGCAGCUGGAUGAACUAAGCAGUGAGGUCCAGCACAGCACCACCAGGAUGCUGGCUGAAGAGGAGAAAGACAUUUCGACUGCUGAGGAGGCCUUCAGACGCAUCAAAGAGGCCACAGGGAUCACCGAUAUACAGGAAUUAGAGGAGCACUUUACUUCUCAGAAGGAGACACGUCGACAUCUGGAGAGGCGGCGGGAGGAGAACGAGGAGGUCCUGCUGCAGCUGAAGGAGCAGAAGGAGCUUCUGGAGCAACAGUCUGAAGAGAUUAAAUAUUCUGGGGAGGCUAAACUCUCCAGCCACCAGCAGAUGCUGCAGGAGCGUGAGCAGCAGCUGCAGGCUGAGCAGCAGAGGUGCGAUGAAGCCGAAGAGCGACUGGAUCGGCUUGUGAAAACCCUCGGUCCCGUCCGUCACGGAGUUGAGCACCUGGCAGACCAUCUUCAGCACAUCUCACUGGAUGAGCACACAGUUCCCAACAUGCAUCCAGACUCAGAGGACUUUGUGGUGCUGAAGCUGAUGGCCCAGUGUGAGCAGAAAUUGGAGUCCCUGCAGAAAGAGCUUGAGGGGAUGGAUGUGGCAGCUAUAAUGAAGGAGAUGGAAGAAAAGGAGUUCUACGUCAGGAUUGAGGGGAAACACAGCACCCAAGUCAAGCCACCUGAGGAUCAAGCAGAAGAUCCCUACAGUGAUGAGGACAAGAGUGACAAGGACUGGGCUCACGUCAUCUCUCGUGAGGCACUGAAGCGUCAAUCUCAGCUAAUCGUCGACUCCAACUCAAAAAGAAAGGCCCAGAAGAAGAGGAAGGGCAAGUUUUAAUCCGACGGCAUCUCCAAACUCUCCCACAAUAAAGCAGUGAUGUGUAAAACGGGAUGAUUUUAAGCCGAGUGAACAGACUGUGAUUUGCCAUUUGUUAGGGCCGAGAGGGCCAGGCUGUGGGUGUGGACUCAAAUGCAGACACAGAGGGAGGCAAAACGGGCGUGAACACAGUGCUUUAUUUACAGUGCCUAGUGAACUUACAAAGCAGGAAACUAUGAAUGCUAUGAACGGAGAACUGUGAGGCCAAACUGUGAACAUGAAACUCUGAGUGCUAUGACUAGGUGCUAGAUUUCACGGAUGGAUCCUGGGAAUGGAAAAAAGGGGCAGCGGCUUGGAUGGAGGUACGCAGUCACUAUAAUAAGAGGAGACAAGUAGUCAGUGGCAAUCUAGUGAAUCACAGCUGAACAAUUAGACUAUGGUGGUUAGGGCUUACGCGUUGCAGGUUAAAGUGUCAUGCGAGGAGGGGGUGUCCAAGGGGUUCCGGGUGAGGAGUGUCCAGAGAGGAUCCAGAAUAUGCUUGGAGUGAGGGGCUUGGCAGGGAGGCAGGCAGGUGUUGUCCGAUGAUGGAAAGGAAGCAACCAGAUGACAGAACCAGCGUCCAGGCAGAGAUGUGAGUAGUUUAGGUUGGAAAACGCGACUGCCAGGUGGGUCUUAUGACAAAGAAAACACGGUGAGGAGAAAAGCAGUAGUUAAGGGCUUGGCAGCCUAGCACUAACAUGAGUUAGCAGAAGAUCUGGCAGAGGUCUGUUGUGAAUGCUGGUCUUAUAUGCUGGUGACUUGAUUGGAACCAGGUGUGGAAGCUGAUUGGAGUCUCUGCCUGAAGGUGGAGCCCAGCGGAGUGGAAAAACCCCGUACUCACCCGGACCAAGACACCAUUGCUAUCAAGUUUCUCCUCUUAGCUGCUGCUAUAAGGAUAUGUAGUAAACAACAAAUGAAGAUUUAAGUUUUAACAGUCUUACAUGACUGUCAUGAAUUGAUACCUUAUGUCUGUACUUGUUGUGUAAGUAGGUUUCAUUUAAUAAUAAUAAUAAUGGAUUGGAUUUAUAUAGCGCUUUUCAAGGCACCCAAAGCG